CUCGUAUUAGUACAGUUGUUUUAAACACAAUAGAAGAAAUAAAUGCCCCUCGUAAACUUUCGCCGCAUUCCUUCAGAUUGGGACUUGGUAUGCAACUGACUAACAGAGAGAGUUCAAAUUUAUCACUGAUCAAAAAUGGCAACUUCAUGUUGAAUAUUACCCAGUGACCAAAAACGUGCGCAUCAUUAUCUCCCUCAUUUUCAUUCACAGUGGGGAGUAUUUGCAAAUUUCUAUCCUAUUAAAUUAAACUGAGUUCCAACUACACAGGUGUUAAGGUUUCAAGUCAAAAACAGCCUUUAGGGCUCCAAUCUGCCUCCCUGAUUCAACAAUGAGCAGUAAACGUGUCCUCCAUUACUCUUAUGAACAUGCACACUGAUGCAUUAUAACCAUCAUCAAUCUAAUACUAAUACCUGCUUCGACAACUUCAUUUCUGGCAUUACCAAAAUCUCUCUUAUCCAAAAGUCUAUACAAUGCCCACACGUAAACCUCCGCCACCUCCAUCUCCAGCUUCACCGUCCAUUAUCAAUGGUGGCUUUGCGACGGCACGGUCUUCCUCUUUGCCCUCGUCUGCGGGUGGCCGCCAGGUUCUGCCCCUUCAACAACAAAAUUCUAAUAAUCAUCACCACAGGAAAGGUUCACUGAAACCAACCAAGCUAUUCCGUCGAGUCAGAUCAGUUUUCAAAUCACUACCCAUCAUGACCACACCAUGCAAGAUGCCUAAUAUGCCAACCAUUGGUGGUGGCGGCGGCAGGCACGACGGCCACCACAACAUUCACGGAGGAAAGCAAAUGACGGGAACACUUUUUGGGUAUCGCAAAUGCAGAGUUAAUUUGGCUUUACAGGAAAGCCCCAGGAGCCUUCCAAUCCUCAUUCUUGAACUUUCCAUCAAUACCGGAAAGCUUCUUCAUGACAUGGGCUUGGGUUUGGUCAGAAUUGCACUUGAAUGCGAAAAGCGCCACCCAUCAGAAAAAAUUAAGCUUGUUGAUGAGCCUAUAUGGACUAUGUAUUGUAAUGGUAGAAAAGUUGGGUAUGCUGUGAAAAGGGAGCCAACUGAUGAGGAUGUGCAUGUCAUACAAUUGCUUCAGGCAGUUUCCAUGGGUGCUGGAGUGCUCCCCAGUGGAGAUCAUACUCGGACUUCUUCAUCAUCAUCAGAAGGGGGCGGCGGAGAGUUGACGUACUUGAGAGCUUGCUUUGAGAGAAUGGUCGGAUCGAAAGACUCGGAAACUUACUAUAUGAUGAAUCUAGAUAGUAAUAGUGGACCUGAACUUAGUAUAUUCUUUGUAAGAGUUUGACAAAUUGUUACAGAAUUAAAAUUUUCAGUUAGUAUUCUUUUGUAAGAGAUUUGACACGAUUUUUUCUUUAAUCUCGGCUUCUUAACGUGUUCCGGUAAAGUAGAUUACAUGAUCAGAAUUUUAUUUUAUUUUUUGUUUUUAAGUUGCAGUCUUGAAUCAAAGUAAAAUAAUUGAUCAUCAUGUAUAUUACUCAUAUGAAUACUACUCCCUCCGUCCCAUAAAAAUAGUCCACAUUGAGUUUG